GACGCAGAUAAAAAUAUAAUCAAAGUGCUAAAGGAACGAGGAAGAUUGGUCCAUAUCAGCACUUUUAAGCACAGCUAUCCUUUCUGCUGGAGGUCAGAUACACCUCUGAUAUAUAAAGCGGUUCCAAGCUGGUUUGUUCGUGUGGAACACAUGGUGGAAAAGUUGCUGGAAAACAAUUCUCAAUGUUAUUGGGUUCCUGACUUCGUGAGAGAGAAGCGGUUUGGCAACUGGUUGAGAGAUGCACGGGAUUGGGCUAUUUCACGAAACCGUUAUUGGGGAACACCUAUUCCAUUGUGGGUCAGUGAUGAUUUUGAAGAGGUGGUUUGUAUUGGGUCUGUAGCAGAACUGGAAGAACUGUCAGGAGUGAAAAUCACUGAUCUCCACAGAGAAAGUGUUGAUCACAUAACUAUCCCUUCAUGCUGUGGCAAAGGUGUCUUACAUCGUGUUUCAGAAGUGUUUGACUGCUGGUUUGAAAGUGGAAGUAUGCCUUAUGCCCAAGUCCAUUAUCCAUUUGAGAAUAAGAGAGAAUUUGAAGAUGCUUUUCCUGCUGAUUUCAUAGCUGAAGGCAUUGACCAAACCAGAGGAUGGUUUUACACUUUGCUGGUGUUAUCGUCAGCCCUCUUCGGAAAGCCUCCUUUCAAAAAUGUAAUUGUAAAUGGCCUAGUUCUUGCCAGUGAUGGGCAAAAGAUGAGCAAACGAAAGAAGAAUUACCCAGAUCCAACAAAAAUUGUCAACUCUUAUGGAGCUGAUGCACUGAGGUUGUACCUUAUCAAUUCUCCAGUUGUAAGAGCAGAAAACCUAAGAUUCAAGGAGGAAGGUGUAAGAGAUGUGCUGAAAGAUGUUUUCCUGCCCUGGUAUAAUGCCUAUCGCUUUCUGAUUCAGAAUGUUGUCAUUCUGCAACUCAAGAAAGAUGGGAAGGAAUUCCUUUACAAUGAGAAUACAAUUAAAGAAAGCAACAACAUCAUGGAUAAAUGGAUUCUUUCCUUCACACAAUCACUGAUUCAGUUCUUCAGGGCUGAGAUGGCUGCCUACAGACUGUACACAGUAGUUCCUCGACUGGUUAAAUUUGUGGACAUUCUAACCAACUGGUAUGUCAGAAUGAAUCGACGGAGGUUAAAGGGUGAGAAUGGAACAGAAGACUGCAUUAUGGCCUUAGAAACCUUAUUCAGCGUCCUCUACUCCAUGUGCAGACUUAUGGCACCUUAUACUCCGUUUAUUACCGAACUAAUGUACCAGAAUUUGAAGACUCUUAUUCAUCCUGCUUGUAUUCAGGAGAAGAAUACUGAUAGCAUUCACUACCUCAUGCUUCCUCAAGUUAGGGAAGACCUGAUCGACAAAAACAUAGAAAGUGCUGUUUCUUGGAUGCAGUCUGUUAUUGAGCUGGGACGUGUAAUCAGAGAUAGGAAAACCAUCCCAGUAAAGUAUCCAUUGAAAGAAGUGGUCAUCAUCCAUCAGGAUUCUCAAGCACUGGAAGACAUCAAGUCCUUGGAAAAGUAUAUACUUGAGGAACUUAAUGUCCGCAAAGUGACUUUAUCCACUGAUAAAGAUAAGUAUGGAAUCCGUUUGAGAGCAGAACCUGAUCAUAUGGUGCUUGGGAAGCGACUUAAAGGUGCCUUUAAAUCUGUAAUGGCUGCUAUCAAAGAAUUGCCAAGUGAACUGUUGGAAGAAUUUCAGAAGACAGGCAAAAUGGUUGUAGAAGGGCAUGAAUUGCAUGAGGAAGAUCUCCGUCUGAUGUACACCUUUGACCAGACUGGAGGAGGAUAUGGCCAGUUUGAAGCUCAUUCUGAUUCUCAGGUUUUGGUUCUCCUAGAUAUUACUCCUGAUCAGUCUAUGGUUGAUGAAGGCGUUGCACGGGAAGUAAUAAAUCGCAUUCAAAAACUUCGAAAGAAGCGCAAUCUGGUUCCUACAGAUGAGAUUACAGUAUAUUAUCAGGCAUCUCCAGAAGGUGAUUAUCUUGAUACUGUUAUUAAGGAACAUACAGAUUUUAUUUUUGCCACAAUAAAAACUGCUUUGAAGCCAUAUCCAGUGUCUCCCUCAGAGGAAGUGCUUAUUCAAGAAAAAACUCAGCUGAAGGGAUCAGAACUGGAAAUUACAAUAGCCAAAGCAGCUGUUCAUCACUGUACUGAACCAGCAUGUGCUUAUGUCACUCUGAACAUCUGCAUUAAUGGUAAAGAACAAGAUGGUAUGGUGUUGCUGGAAAAUCCGAAGGGAGACAAUAAAUUAGACUUCACCAAAUUUGUUAAUACUAUUGCGUGCAUUUUUGGCCUUGAAAAAGCAAAAGUAGCAAUUUAUAGUGGAAAACAAGAAGUGAAAAAACAAACAGAUUUGCUGAGUCUUAAUGGAAAGAAGCUUCAUGUAACUGCAGGGCCAUUGCCAAUUACAAACAGUAUUGAUGACUUUUUAUGUCAGUAUAUCAAUUUACAACUAGUGAAUGCAAAACCACAAGAGUGUCUAAAUGGAACGGUGGGAACCCUUCUUACGGAAAACCCUGUUGGUCAAAAUGGAUUAACAUAUCAAGGGCUUCUGCAUGAAACAGGCAAAAUGUUCGGACUCAGAAGCAGGAGGCUAAAAUUGUUCUUGGAUGAAGCGCUGACAAAAGAGGUUACAAAGGAGACUUCCAUGAAGUUCUUAAAUACAAAGACUCUGUAUGUUCAUGCUAUACCAACAACAGCUGAAUGCUAAUUGAAUUCAUUGCCAAGGGCGAUGCAGUGUAGACUGAUUUCCAUGGAGAACCCUAGUUUGAAGUUGGGACAUUUUGACCAAGAAUCCUCACGUUCUGUAAGAUCAGCGCAUGUGUAAUAUGCUGCUUUUAAGUUAAAUAUAGUGAAUUUUCAUGAAAUGUUAUAAAAGCUAUGCAGAGUAAUAGUCUCAGAAAUUUGGAAGGAUCUAUGCAGUAAGAAAUUGAGCGUACCUCAGUGUUGCUGUUCUCUAUUUGUUCAAUAUGGAAAAUUCAUCUUUAGUUCCCCCCCCCCUUCCCAAUGUUGAUGGUCCUGCAUUAUUCAGAUUGUUACAUUUACUUUAAACUGAAUGAAACGAAUAAUUUGGCAUUUGUUUAGUGUAUCUAAUGUCCCUAAUUGCGAACAAUAAAUUACUUU